AUGGACCUCUUGCUCCCACAGCGACUGGCCGGUGUUGAUCUCCGAACAAGCGAGUCGUUUGACUGCGAAGAAGGCUUCGGCCACGGGCCCUUCCAGAAGAGGAUGCUUUUACUGGUUCUUCUGGGAGCAUUCUCGGUUAGUUGCCAAACCGUCGUGGUGCCCCUCGUCACGGCUGACGUCGACCAUUGGUGCAAGCCGCUCGCCGGCUUCAACAUCUCUGCAGCCGAUUGGAAGAAUAUUGCCAUACCGACCGAGGCCGACGGACGCUUCAGCCGCUGCCGCAUCUACGAACGCUGCAAGCCAACCGCAGAAUCCGACAGUACCACUGAACAUGGGAAGAGUGGCGCUGAACCUGUCGUGGCCUACCGGUGGUACAACAAGUGUUUCCUCAGCGAGCGUGAACUCCAAGACACCAACGACACACGCGACGCGCCCUGUGAAGAGUGGGACUACGAUGUUCGGACAGCCGAGACCAGUGCGGUGAGCUUUUGGAACAUGGUGUGCCACCGACGUUUGCUGCCGGCCGCCCUUGUCACCUUGCAGAACGCUGGUGCCGUCGUUUCCCUCAUCCUGGCCGGAGCCUUCGCAGACUACGUCGGCAGGAGAGCCAUGCUCCUGGGCUCCGCUGUGGCGGUGGUGACCUGCACGGUAUGCACCUUAGUGGAGACAAAUUACGUGCGUUACGCUGUGGCACGCUUCCUUACCGGGGGCAGUGUCGUCGUAUACUCUGUUUUUACAUUUGUGAUACCGUUUGAGGUGAUGACGCACGCGCACAGGCCUCAGCAAGUACUCCUCAUGGCGGUUAUGGGCCUGGCGUUGUGCGAGAUUUGGAUCGUAAUCGUCAAACCUUUGGGGAUCGACUGGCGUCUGAAGCAGGUCAUCUGCCUCACUCCGACGGCUCUCCUGCUUCCUGCUAUGUUGACAGCACGAGAGUCGCCGCGAUGGCUUGUCGCCAAAGGAAGGCUCGAUGCGGCUGAAGCAAUAAUGAUGCAGGGGGCCAAGAGCAACAACUUCCCAAUUGCAGUCACGGCCUGCCUCAUGGAGAAGCUCAGGAAACAGAUUAAGGACCGCGCGGGUCAGGAAGGCGCAGACAAAGACGACUUGAUCGACUGCCACUCCCUCCGACGUAGAGCCUUGGCCAUGUUCGUUGUCUGCUUCUCAAUAUCAUUUGCCUUUUACGUCCACGCGUUCUCGACUGCACAAUACAACGAAUAUUGGAUCCCGUGCUUCACGGUUGUCGUCACACUGGCGACGUACGUGGCGAUGCAUUUCCUGAUCGCCGGCGUCGCCCUCGUCACGGUGCUUACCGCUUGCUUCCUUCUAACAGGCUUCAUACAAUGCGUGCUCAGUAUCGCCGCUGCCACUGAAUUCGAUACGAUCACAAAGGCCUUGCUCGUGCUGUCCAAGGGUAUCUCGAACGUACUGCUCGUCCACUGUUAUACGUACGUGCUCGAGCUCUUCCCCUCGGCAGUGCGGGCCGGUGCUGCCUGCUGGGCGUUCGCCAGUGGACGUGUUUCGGCAAUAUUCGCGGCAAUGACCUUCGUCUUGAAACCGGCCGGACGUGAAGACGUGGUGUUCGCGUUUGCGGGACUGUUCCUCUUUGCGUCCCUUCUGGUAAUCCGCGCCCUGCCACGCGCGACGGUGGUGGAGGAAGCCAGAAUCGUCGCCAGGCAGCCUUCGGACUCCAGCAGGAUGUCCAUGGACUACAUGAAGCGAACGCUCGAACAGCAAUCACUACGCAAGAGGUCCAAGACCGCCAGCGCAGAGAGCUCCAAAUCCAGCAGGAAGAGUCGAAGAUUCGGGAGUAGCAAUAGUCCUGGCAAUUCUUCGAUGUCCCGCCGAUCUCACACCUAA